CACACCUCACCUCACUCUCUCAUCCCAUAACUUCUCCCUCCAUUCAUCCUCUCUCCCUCUCUCUCUACUUUCUCUCUCUACAUCCCGGUUUGGCAGUUUCUCUCUCUCUCUCUCUCUCUUUCUCUCUACAACAGCUAUGGCUCUGGAAGCUCUGAACUCUCCCACUCACACAGCAGCAGCUCCCCCCUUCUACGUCGACGACCACCACCACCGCCACCGCGAGCUCUGGGCCAAGGCCAAGCGCUCCAAGCGCAGCCGUUCAGAGAGCGGCAGCCCCGCCAAUCCCGCCGCGUCCGACGACCCAGUUGCUUCCCCCUCCGAGGAGGAGUACCUCGCCCUCUGCCUCAUCAUGCUCGCCCGCAGCGGCAGCGGUAGCGCCUCCGCCUCUGCCUCCGCCUCCGCCUCCGAGAGGCCGCCAGAGCCCCCGGCACUCAAGCUCUCCUACAAGUGCGCCGUUUGCGGCAAAGCCUUCCCUUCCUACCAGGCCCUUGGGGGCCACAAGGCCAGCCACAGGAAGUCCUCGGCCGCUGCCGCCUCCGCAGAUGUCCCAGCCGACAGCAGCAACCCAACGGCAGCGACGACGUCGUCAUCCUCGGGCAGCGGCAAGGCCCACGAGUGCUCCAUCUGCCACAAGACCUUCCCCACCGGCCAGGCCCUCGGCGGCCACAAGCGUUGCCACUACGACGGCGGCAGCGGCAGCUCCGCCGGCGCCUCCUCAUCCUCUGGUGCCGUCGGCGGCUCAGGAUCAAGGUCGACCUCGGGCCACGUCCACCUGGACCUUGACCUGAACCUGCCGGCUCCAGGGGAGUUUUCUGCUGAGGAGCAGAUGAUCAUCAGCCGGAAGGAUCAAGGUCAAAGUCAACUACCAGCCGGCGGCGAGCAAGAGGUGGAGAGCCCCCUUCCGACCAAGAAACCGCGGCUGUUCCUUGUCGGAGACGACAUGGGUUGUCCUCCUCCGCAAGGAUCGAUUCCUUAGAUUACGUGAAUUACAAAGCUUCUUAUUGUCUUUCUUUUUUUCUUUUUUCCUUUUUUUUUCCCAUUUUUAUUAUUAGGAUCCUUUAUUGGACUUUGCUAGAUUAAUUAAUUGAUUUGUACAGAUAAUUCUUCUAUAUUUGCUAGUAUUCUUUGCCUCGUUAGGGGCAGCUUGUGUCCAGAAAUUGUUCUUUAGGAAUUUUCUCGUCUUUUAUAAUAUUUUGUACUUAGACUUUAUUUAUUUAUUUUUAUUUAUAUGCAUAUUGUAAAUUAUAGUUUGGUGUUUUUCUUUUGAGUGAAAUGGGGACCUAAGUUCGGGUUCAAUAUAAAAGAAAAUUAAAUGUUACAGUAACGAGGCAUGGCGACUCCAACGACAUCGUCGAAUAGUCGAAUAAGAGGAAGUGAAGUCCAGGAGAGCAUAAUUUAAGCUUAUAGACUCCAAACGGAAAAGAGAGCAUGAUUUGCAAGUUACGUUUUGUGUUGUUUUACUUCUCAUUUGAAAUAUGUAUAAAUCUCUUCCAUUCGGUUGAAUAUUCUUUUUUGGCUGUCAA